GCCUUCAUACAUGUUAAGUGUGCCGAUGCUGUGACAAUGGGUUUGAUCCAGAAAUGCAUCAUCUAGAUCGGGGAUCCUGCAGACCUGAAGGAGUAAAGAAAAAACAGCUGGAUAAAGAUCAAAGGGGGAGGGGGGCUGCUGCUCGGAAACGGGUGUAGAGAUGGGGGUGUUCAGUCGGCAGAAGUUUUUCCAGGAGCUUCCUCAUGGCUGCCUGCUGCCUACAGCUCAGCAGGGCCUGGAGCAGGUAUGGCAGCUGCUGGUUAUCUGCCUGAUGUGUCGGCUGCUCUGGAUGUUGGGUCUCCCUUCCUUUGUGAAGCACCUGUGCACGGUAGCGGGCGGUUUCUACACCCUCUACCUGUUCUUUGAGCUCCACAUGAUCUGGGUUGUCCUCCUUAGCCUUCUCUGCUACCUCUUCCUCUUCCUGUGCCGUCAUUCCACCAUCCGAGGAACCUUUCUGUCCAUAACGGUGCUCAUCUAUCUGCUCCUUGGGGAGCUGCACAUGAUGGAUACCACCAAUUGGCACAAAAUGAGAGGUUCCCAGAUGGUUGUUGCAAUGAAAGCCAUUUCCUUGGCCUUUGACCUGGACAGAGGUGUUGUGGCCAGUGUCCCCUCACCCAUUGAGUUUAUGGGCUACAUUUACUUUGUGGGUACCAUCAUAUUUGGGCCCUGGAUCAGCUUCAACAGCUACAAAGAGGCUCUAGAAGGACGUAAGUUGAGCCUAGCCUGGCUUCUAAAAGCGUCCAUUAGCUGGCUGAAGAGCCAGAUCUGCCUGGUUGUCUCCAACUGUGUGGCUCCCUACCUCUUCCCUUACUUCAUCCCUGUCUACGGAGACAAGCUUCUUCGAAGCAAAAAAAGGAGGAAGAUCCGAGGCUCACUUGCAAAGUGGCUGCUGGCAUAUGAGAACACAAUGUCUUUCCACUUCAGCAAUUACUUUGUAGGCUACCUGGGUGAGACUACAGCUACUCUUGCAGGGGCGGGCUUUACAGAGGAGAAGGAGAACCUGAAAUGGGAUCUGAGCGUGUCCAAGCCGCUGAACAUUGAAUUUCCCCGGUCCAUGUUGGAGGUGGUGACGUCGUGGAAUGUGCCCAUGUCUCACUUCCUGCAUACAUAUGUAUUCAAGAGUGCACUCAAAUUCGGGACAUUCACUGCCAUCAUGGUGACAUGCAUAGCCAGCGCCCUCCUGCAUGGUCUAAGUUUCCAUCUGGGUGCAGUGCUGAUAUCUCUGGGGUUCAUUACAUACGUCGAGCACGUUUUGCGGAAGAGGCUCGCUGCCGUAUUUAAUGCCUGCCUGCUUUCUAGGAAAUGCCAGCCAAACUGCAAUCAUCAAAACAAAAAGAAGCUGUGGGUGUUUCUGAUUAAUUUAGCGUUUUCUGGCCUGGCACUUCUGCACUUGAUAUAUUUGGGCUCUGUGUUCAACUCCAGCGUGGACUACAUGGAGGAGGAUGAGGAUGAAAUCACCAACCACACCAUUCAGAAGUGGUCUGAGCUGAGCUGGACGAGCCACUGGGCCACAUUCAGCUGCUGGAUAUUAUACCGCCUCAUUCUCUAACAAUGGGAAGCAAUGAAGGGUGAAAGAAGCAAUAAUGAGAAGCAGAUUUCCCAUUAAUCUACUGUGAAUUUAUCCUGGUUAUGACUGAGGGAAGCAAAAUCAAUCUCAACUUGCAGUUUUCAGGUUGUACUACAUGUGAGUCGGGUAGUGCUCUUCUAACGUUUUGAUAUCUAAAGGAAGCCCACAGCGCCUUUUUUUUUUUUUCAUUUUUCCUUUUUAUCUGACCCCCAAUCACCAUGGUGUCAUGUUGUCACUGUGACCUACAAUCAAUAACCAUCAGCGCGGGUGAGAUUGACUUGCAGACACGUGAUGGUUCACGUCACGCAGAUGUCCUCCAAAGCCAAUCACAUCGGCUGUAUGUAUGUAUCCUGGCAACGGAUUUCAGAUUGGUCAUUUUACAAGUUCUUGAGUGUUUUUGUGGGAUUUAACUGUUAUAGAACAACAGAAAGUAGUACAGGACAUGGUUGUUAUUUGUUUACAAAUUCAAAUUUGAAAAUUUGUGGCAUAAUUUUGACUUUUGCUUUUGGCUGCAAUUUCAGCUGCAAAUGUUUUCAGUUUUUCUUUCUUUCAUGUUUUUAAGGUAAAAUAUACUUUAAAAAACAUUAUUAUCCUUCCACUUCACAAUCAAAAAUCUCUGUAUAAAAAGUUUUACAAGGAGCUGCACUGGUAUGUUUUUUAACAUACUUAGGGACAAAUCUGGUUGCAUCCCCCAGUCUUCCUAUCCUAAAUAAAUCUGAUUAAAUGUCCCGAAUCUAUGACACAGCUGCUUGUGUCUCUGGUUCAAUUGCGAUGCCUAAUCAGAACCUAAUGAUUAUAGUUUAUUUAUUAUAAACCCUUUUUUGCAGGUUGGGCAUGGCUAAAGGAAACAGCCACAGUCCGACUGCUUAUGUUUGUGACCAGAAUAUUGUGUAAAACUGCUUUAGAUCCAAAACUCGGUCAUUUCUCUUUGGAUCCAACAGACUUUUAUAAAUGCAACAAGCACAUGUUAUUAGACAGCUUUUUACCACCAGCUGUAACUAAUUCCCCUUUUGUGACUAUUAAAUAUAUUUAAGGUUUUAGAUUAUUACAUUUGAAACAGAUUUUUUUUUGUACUCUCAAAGUUUCCCGAUAGUGUUUGUAAAGUUUUAUUGUAUCCUUAAAUAUGUAAUUUUGAUUUCUUCUCUUCCAUUUAUAAUAAAGCCGUAGAAUCAGGAUAUUUUAGGUGUAAUAUUGUUUAAAUAAUUAUCAUUUAGUUUCAUAUAACCUAAAAUUAAACUCUUCUUUAUUCUACACCAGACAUUUCUCUUGAGAUAUAUACAGCAGCUGAGCUUGUGGUGAAGGUGCCAUGCACCCCGACCAGGAGUAUGAGGGGUGGAUGACAGAGCAGUUUUUUUAUAAUAUAUAUCUAAAGCUGCUGUUAACGACUGAACACUGUUGCUGUUUAUGAGCUGCUAAAGAAUCUCGACUGUGUCCAUCAGAAAGGGAAGAUGCGGUGUUAAAUAGAUUUUGAGUGUUUGUUGAUUUACCCAGUUUCUGCUGUGAUACUUCUUAGUACAAAAAAUAGCUCUAAAUACCUUAUAUUUGUGUUUUGUCCUUGUAAAUGUAAAAGGCCAUGACAUACCUGUGAUAUUUUUAUAAAAUUUUACAUGAAACCAUA